GGUCUGGUUAUCUUGCUGGCAAACAAGCACAUCCAUCUAUAAAAGCAAACAAUAUCGUGUUUGCUCGAUCCUCCUUGCGAGCCUCAGAGUCAACAGAUCCAGGCACGAGGGGUAUCGUCGGAAGGCACAGCGCGCCAUCUUACUCCACACAGGACACAGCGGGUCACUCCAGGGCGAGGGGUGAGCUUUUUUGUGAGUUGGUGCAUCGAAGCCAAGAAGUGGACGGUCCAUCAUGUCGCUUCCCAAGCUACUGCUUCCACUGUUUCUUUUUUCUCAGGUGAUUGUUGCGAAUCCAUCUUACCGUGAGUUGGAGGAGCUGGCGGACCUGCUUGCUGUGGAAAAGCGUCUCUUGCUUGCAAACACAGAUGACGACGAUUUCAUAACAGUGUGUACACAAGAACCCAUCGAGCUGGCCCUGGUGAUUGACGCCAGCAGCAGUAUUCACCCGAGGGACUUUCAGUUAGGGCAGCAGUUUCUUCACGAAUUCUUGAACCAGUAUGACAUCGGCCCAGGCAGAAACCAGGUGCGAGUGGCCGCGGUGACGUUCGGGUACGAGGUGUAUGUGAACGACGCCUUCUACCUUAACUCCUUCAAGACCAAGGAGGAAGUGCUCAAUGCGGUCCAGAACAUGCCCUUCCGCGCUGGCCUGAGGACGGAUACCGGAGAUGCCAUCAAAUUCAUGCGCGAGAAGCAAAUGGUCAAGACCCGGGCCUGGGCACCCAAGUUCGCCGUGGUCCUCACGGACGGCAACUCUCAGAGGACAGAGUACACGAAGCAGCAGGCCGCCCUCGCGCGUGCCGAGAACAUCACGAUGUUCGCCUUGGGAGUGGGCAAGGCGGUGAAGGAACAGGAGCUGCUCAACAUCGCCGGCGACCCAAGUCGCGUGCUGCGUGCCGAUAGCUACAGCGAACUGGACGAGGAAAAACGGAAGGAGCUGACCAAGCAGACCUGCGUCUCAAAACCAAAGCCUACAACAACUACUACGACGACUACAACCACAACCCCACCCCCACCAAUGGAAGAACCUUGCAGUAUCAAAUACCCGAGUGACAUCAACUUCAUCUUCAGCCCGGCGGCCCUGGGUGUUGAUGCCACAGGCUGGGUCACCCAGUUCAUCUCCCACACCAUCACCAACGAGGAACUGGAGAAUAGUUUUCAGUACGGCGUGGUCAGCGGAGAUUGUCCCGACGAUGAGGGCUUCCGUCUGAACCAGUACACCGAUAUCCCUUCCAUCCGAGCCCGCUUGGAUCGCUACGACCGCAACAACCUUCCAAACCUCAUCAGAAGUGCUUCCAACAAAUUCUCCGCAAGUAAUGGUGGGCGGACCGAUGCUGUGAAGGUGGCGGUCAUCUUCCUCGGCAACGCCAAGGUGGACUCCAAAUACCUGGACUCAUCCAUCCAGGAGUUGCUGGCCUCAGGUGUGCAGGUAUUUGUGUCACGCACUGACCCCGGCAUCAGAGUCAACCUUCCCCCCUCUGUGCGUCUGCUGGAGGAGGGCUCCUCUAUCAGUCAGGCAACGGAACUGGUAUCGCACAUCUGUCACCUGGACGACAAGGAGUGGUAAGGUCUAGGACCUGUAGCAUUUAGGAUUUGAACUAAACAUCAAGUUUUCGUUUUCAAGGAGAAAGAAAGUUCACCAGAAAAUGAAGAAGAAAAAAAACCAGACUGCUGAGACUUGGAAGUAAAUAUCAACAACAUCGCCAUCUUCGUCACAAGAACUAAGAAAAAGAUCUGUGUGAAUGUAGUUGCAUACAAAAUGUGUUGUCCAGAGCACAAUAGCAUGUGUCUCGUAGGUCCUAGGAGUAGCCCGCAUCACGUGACCGUAUCGUCCAUUCCUACACCAUUACACUGGCAUCACUAAACUGAGAUCCCAGUCGUGUAUGUUAGAGAAACUCUGUAAAGCUUUUUAUUACUCUAUUUUAGUGCAAUACUACACUCCCCUUAAUGCAUUUACAGUUUUUUUAAAUAUAUAAUCUCUGUGUCUUAAGAUUUAAGAUCACCCGGCAAAAAAAGCGACUGUGAAUUUUUUUUAAUUCGAAAAACAGUAGUUCGUGUCAGCUUGAGCACUAAAAACUUUGGAAAACGUAGUUUUUGUCAGGCUAGAGUUUAAUUUUUUAUGUAUAAUUUUAACGAACAUAACGACGGUUAAUAUGUCCACCUAAAAUCUUAUAUAAGAACUGUGGUGACGAAAUGUACAUUUAUCACUGAACCCGUUUCAUGUAUCUCGCGAAGCUACUGUAACCACAUGUAUUACAGCCAUGUAGAGAACGGGGUGUUACCCAGACUGAACACACGUCGCACACUGAGGAGGUAUGAACAUAACCGGCCUCAAUGUGUGCAGUGGCUGACCAACCAAACACCCAAGCUUCGUGGCUCCCUGCUAAUGUAUUUUCAUAUCAAUAAAGAUGCUAUCUCGUGGA